GUGUGGACAACAAGAAACAACAGAGGAAAACACCAAUUGCAGAAAGCUGUAGAUGAGGUGUUGACUGACUAUGAUAUUCUAUAAAAGCCCAAUAUCAGUGUGACAUGCAGGCGUACAGAGGCAGUGUGAGACCUUUCGUCAACUUCAACGCCAAACAUGAUGCUGAAGUCCUUCAUAAAGCCAUGAAAGGAAUCGGUACGGAUGAAGAUGCAAUCCUCAUGCUUCUGACAGCACGCAGCAACAAUCAACGCCAGGAAAUUAAGGCAGCGUACAAAAAGGCCUAUGGAAAGGACUUGGUCAGCACAUUGAAAUCAGAGCUUGGUGGCCUGUUUGAGAACCUGAUUGUGAGCUUGAUGACACCACCUAUCUCAUAUGAUGCUUCCCAACUGCACAAGGCUCUCAAGGGCGCCGGUACUGAUGACAACGUGCUGAUUGAGAUCCUGGCCUCCAGGACCAGCGAAGAGAUUAAAGAUAUCAUCAAAGUGUACAAGAAAGAGUUCAACGGCAAGCUGGAGAAAGAUAUCUGCGGUGACACCACAGGGCACUAUCAGAAACUACUGGUGAUCCUCCUGCAGGGCGACAGGGAGGAGGGAGUAGACGAGGGAAAGAUCGAGAAAGACGCUAAGGACUUGCACGCCGCUGGUGAGGGCAAGUUUGGCACAGAUGAGGAAACAUUCAUCACAAUUCUUGGCAACAGGAGCGCAGAGCAUCUCAGAAAAGUGUUUGAUGCCUACAAGAAGCUCUCUGGCUCUGACAUAGAGGACAGCAUUGAAGGAGAGACCACUGGGAAUUUGGAGAACUUACUGCUAGCAGUUGUCAAAUGUGCCAGGAGUGUUCCAGAUUUUUUUGCUGAACUCCUGUAUAAAUCUAUGAGGCGCGCUGGAACUGAUGACGACACUCUGAUGAGAAUAAUGGUGUCGAGGAGUGAGGUGGACAUGUUGGACAUCAGAGCCAGCUUCAAAAAGAAAUAUGGAGCCUCUCUUUACACCACUAUCAAGGAGGACACAGAUGGGGACUACCAGAAGGCUCUACUUUACCUCUGUGGUGGGAAUGAUUAAUACUGUUUUAUGAUGUGUUUAGCAGCACUGAAUGAUGAGCUGCCACGUUGCUGUGAGACAAAGCUACAAAUGAGAUAAGGAUAUCGAUCCAGAGUUCUUUCUAACUUUAGCUUGCUAUUGAUUAAGUUAGUGUGAAUUACCCAUUUAUUAUUUUGACAUAUGACAAUAUAUUCUGCAUGAACAAUAGUUAGAGUGCAUUCACUUAGAAGUUAAAUAAAUAUUUGUUUAAUAUUAGAUACAGUUUAAACAGAAAACCACCACAAUAAUGAGUACAGGUGCAGCUUUGAUUAAUAGUAGCUAUGUUUGAAGUACUUAUGUGGUUAUUUUUAAACACUUGUUUUGCUUCAGUCAUAUGGCCCUGUGUGUUGUCAAAUUUACAUACGAUGUAAGUUGUUACCUAAUUUGUGCACAGUGCUCAUGGCAUAUGUUAAAUGCAACUUAGAAAAUACAACACUGCAGCUGAAUAAUUAAACCCUACAUGUUGACAGCGGUCCCACUCAUUAAUUACAAAUUAACUGCUGAUCCAGACUCGUAUUGCAGUGCAGCUGUCAGUGAUCAAUAAGUAAUAGGACACUAAUACACAUUUGUUGACUCAUAUAAAUAUAUCUACUGCCUCCAUGUCUUUCUUUAUGAAGGAGCAUGAUGUCAAACAAAUUGGGUCCUUAGAUCAAUAGAUGGAAACUGACUUUACUUUGCUGGAGUUGUACCAGAGGGUGGCAGCAAAGUCUGAGAUCAGUAGACUGUUUCUCCACAUGGUUUUCAUUCACAGUGACUUAAGAAAUUGAAAUACCAUACAAUUUUUUGUGAAUGUGAAGUUGUUCAAUAGCUAAAGUAUUUAUAUUUUUCACAAACAAAUUCCAAAAUUCAAGUGCCCAGCAUUCAAAAACUGUAUUGAUUUUGGUUGGUGUUUUAUUUUACCUUAGCUUUAUUAUGUAUUAUUUUCUUAUCAUAAGAUUUUAGAUUAACUGUUUGUUUGUCAUUCACUUGAACCCCUGAACCAUCAAAGUAAAAAUGUUUUCCCACGCUAUUUCACUUAAUUUAAGUAAUAUGAAUGUUCUUAUGUUUGUCUUAUGGUCUUGUGGAUCAUUUUAUGUGUCUCUGUGAUUCAGCACAUUCAGAUAUAUUUUAUAUCUUGGGAACCUUUCAAUCUGAACUAGAAUUUAAAAUAAAGUUCUGAGUUUGAGAAGUG